AUGAUAAAGGGAUCGGAGAAUGGCGGAAGUGCAAUUGCCAUGCCUCUCUUACAAAUUUCUCAUUCUUCAAAGGGUGGCUUCACUACCUUGCCUUUCAUCAUCGGAAAUUCGGCAUUUAUGAAUAUGGCGUCAAGCGCCGUAGCGGCUGACAUGAUAGUGUAUUUGAUGAGAGAGUAUCAUAUGGAUAUGGCUUCUGGUUCGAAUUUGAUCUAUUUUUGGUCCGCGCUCACAAAUGUUGCACCUGUAAUCGAAGCUUGCAUGGCAGAUUCUUCUGUUGGUCGGUUUCGAAUGAUUGGAUUUGGUUCUGUUCUUUGCUUCCUGGGGACGACACUACUUUGGGUAUUAACCGUGAUUCCACAAGCAAGGCCGUCUCCCUGCAGUGAAUCAACGGACAACAUUUGCAGAUCCGAAGCGACAACUCUCCAACUGUUUCUCCUAUGCACUAGUCUGGUUCUGAUGUCGGUUGGGUGGGGCGGGAUGAAAACAUCCUUAGCAUUUGGUGCCGACCAGUUGAAGAAUUUACAGACUAAGGCGGUGGGCGUAAUGGAGGGCUACUUCAGCUGGUACUAUGCCGUGUCUGCGUUGUCUAUCAUUGUUGCUAUGACUGGUCUGGUUUAUAUCCAAGAGAACAUGGGAUGGGAAUUAGGCUUUGGCGUUCUUGUUGUGUUCUCUUUCCUCGCCGCUCUCUCCUUCUUCCUUGGAUCUCCAUUCUAUGUCAAACCCAAGCCCAAGAAAAGCUUAAUCACCGGAUUCAUUCAAGUCAUCGUUGCCUCUUACAGAAACAGACAUCUCCACAUUUCAUCAUCAGGUCAAAAGGACAGUAGUGUAUCCUAUCAUUCGCAGGGCACUAAGCCGAUUCUCCCUACCCAAACACUGAGGUUCCUUAACAAGGCGUGCAUUGUAGAAGAUCCUCAACGAGACUUAACCUGGGAUGGGCGAGCAGUGGAUCCUUGGAGGCUGUGCAGGGUGGAUCAAGUAGAGGAGCUGAAAGCGUUGAUAAGGGUGAUCCCAAUAUGGAUGACAGGUGCGAUAAUGUCAAUAAACGCAAACCAAUCUUCAUUUGCCGUGCUUCAAGCGACCUCCAUGGAUCGCCACAUCGGACCAAACUUGGAAAUCCCAGCAGGCUCGGUCACCAUAUUCGCCUUUGUAUCCGUCAUCAUCUGGAUCGUGGCGUACGACCGACUGAUCAUCCCCGCAGCGUCAGGAAUCGUUGGGAAGCCCGUCCAUUUCAGCACGAGAUCAAGAAUGGGAUUCGGGCUCGUGCUUUCAUUCUUGUCAAUGGUAGCGAUGGCGGCGGUGGAAGGGAUGAGGCGGGGCGCGGCGGUGAAGGAGGGCAGCGCCGCCAUGUCCAUACUGUGGGUGGCGCCGCAGUACGCACUUCUGGGAUUGGGAACCGGCAUUAAUGGAAUCGCGCAGAAUGAGUUCUACAUUUCGGAGUUCCCGGAGAGCAUGUCGGGGAUAGCAUCCAAUCUGUCGGACCUGGGCGCGGCGGUGGGAACUUUGCUAGCCAGCAUGGUAAUGAGCAUCAUCAAUGAGUUGAGCGGAAGAGGCGGGCAACAGAGCUGGAUAGCAAGCAACAUAAAUGAAGGCCAUUACGACUACUUCAACUGGGUUGUUGCUGGAUUAAGUAUGCUUAACUUUGUUGUAUUUCUUGUUUUUAGGAAGGCUUUUGGACCUUGUAGAGACGAGGUGAUAGACGCCGCGGUUGUUGUUGAAGAAGGGGAUUGA